AUGAGUCCAGGUUUAAAUCCAUCCAUUGCAAUUUUUAUUCCAGAAAAGAAUGGUAAGCCAGCAAGCGUCGUGAUUUACAAUGUACCAAAUUUCAAUCAACCAAUUUGUCUGAAAAAUUUUUUUAAAGCUGAAAGAUGUCAAUUAAAGUGGAACUCGAUUGGUACAGCAUUAUUAGCAUUAGCAUCUACAGAUCACGACACCACCAACAAAUCUUACUAUGGUGAAACCAACCUUUAUUUAUUAGGGAUUGCAGGAUCUUAUGAUUCAAGGAUUGACUUGAAAAGAACUGGUCCUAUCCAUGAUAUUACUUGGUCUCCUUCUGCAAGAGAAUUUGCCGUUGUCUAUGGUUAUAUGCCAGCUGAUACAACAUUUUUUGAUGCCAGAGGUAAUGCCAUCUUUUCAUUACCUACUGCACCAAGAAACACUAUAUUAUAUUCUCCACAUGCCAGAUACGUAUUAGUAGCCGGUUUCGGUAACUUGCAAGGUACUGUUGAUGUUUAUGACCGCCAAAAUAAGUUUUCAAAAGUAACUACUUUCGAAGCUGCAAAUACUUCGGUAUGUGAAUGGUCACCAUGUGGAAGAUACAUAUUGACAGCUACGACAUCGCCAAGAUUGAGGGUUGAUAAUGGGUGCAAGGUUUGGCAUGCAAGCGGUAAAUUGGUUUAUUUGAAGGAAUACCAAGAAUUGUAUUCGAUCACUUGGAAACCUCAAAGCUUGGAUAAGUUUCCUCCAUUAAGAAACUUAGAAGAUGCGCCAGCCGCUCACGAAUCGACUAAGGAAUACUUGGCAAAGAAGCAGGCAAAUGAUUUGAAUGCUGCCAAAAAGCCUAGUGGAGCAUACCGUCCUCCUCACGCCAGAAAUUCAGGUAGCAGUGCAAGAACGUCAUUAUAUCAAAAAGAAUUACAAUCAAGUAGCUCACUCUCUGGAUCCAACGGCAACGGAGCUAGAACUAGAGUAGUUCCAGGUGCUGCUCCAGUGGAUAACACUCCUAAGGAAAGCAAGAGUGCCGCUAAAAACAGGAAGAAGAGAGAAGCUAAAAAACAGCAACAAGAAGAAGAAAAACCGGCUGCAUCACCAGCUAACAGUGUUGAAAGUAUUAAAAAGGAAAAUGACAAUUCUGGAAGCGGUGUUAUUGGUGGUGUUAGCUCGUUGGAAGAGAAGAAAAUCAGAUCGUUGUUAAAAAAAUUGAGAGCUAUAGAAACAUUAAAAAUGAAGCAGGCCAAUGGUGAAACCUUGGAAGACACCCAGGUGUCUAAAAUCAAAAAGGAGGACGACAUUAGAAAAGAAUUACAUCUGUUAGGAUGGUCUGAUUAG